AUGCCUGAGCCGGCGCACUCCCCGCAGCGAGACCGGGCACGAGAUAGAGACCGAGAUCGUGAGAGGGAUAGAGAUCGCGAACGAGAUCGCGACCCGUCGCAGAGUAAACGACUGAGCAUCACAGACCGCCUGCUGGGCACAUUCAACCAGGCCCGCAAGGAAACUUCGGCUGCCGUACAGCGUCGCGCAUCGACAUCGGCAUCAUCAUCGGCAUCCAAACAGUCGCCCAUCCCGCGCAUUCGAGAAUGGCUUGAUACCUGCAAUGCCGAGCAUGGCAAUCACUGCAGCGGAACUACGCCCGACGACAUUCCGACCUGGCGCCCGGUUUACCUCAUCGACUGCGUUGACCGCUGCUUGGUCCGCUCAAAGCCCACGGACAGGUACGCGGCACUCAGUUAUGUCUGGGGAGUGACCAACCCGCGACGAGGCGGUCCCAACGGCGUUGCGCAGCUCUUGACGACCAAUGUUGACGCCUAUCAACUUGGUCUGCCGGACGACGACGUUCCGCGAACUAUACUCGAUGCCAUAUGGCUGACCAAGAAGCUCGGGGUGCGUCAUCUGUGGGUGGAUCGCAUGUGCAUAGUCCAGGAUGACGAAAAAGACAAGGCCGACCAUAUCGAGCACAUGGCCUAUGUCUUUUCGAAUGCUUAUUUGACCAUUAUUUCAGCCUUCGGGGACGUUCAUACUGGUCUCCUUCCCCUGGAUCCGCGACGACCUACGCGCACUGCCAACAAGAGCAACCAAGAACACAAUGAGCUACUAUUAUCGUCAAGGUGGAACACCAGAGGAUGGACCUUGCAGGAGCUGGUGUAUUCGAGACGCGCCAUCUUUUUAUUCGAGGACACCAUCACCUGGGAGUGCCACUGCGAUUUGUGGCAGGGAAGCACCACGAGCAUGAUGAAGAUUCUUCGUGGGAAGAAGCCUACUUGUACGAAUCGGAUAUCAGAAGCGGCAUUUGGUUUCCAGCAUGCAGAGUGGCCCGAUGUGGACGAAUAUGCACGCCUGGCCAUGGACUAUAGCGCCAGGAGGGUCACCAUUGUGGACGAUACGCUCAAUGCUUUUGCCGGCAUCACCCAUGUCAUGUCUCGCAUCUUUCACGGGGGUUUCGUAUACGGCAUGCCCCUCAUGUUCAUCGAUCUCGCCCUGCUCUGGAGACCACAGGCAACUAUUCGAAGAAGGGCCAUGUCUCGGCCGCCUUUUCUUCCGUCCUGGUCCUGGAUGGGCUGGUGGUUUGAUGGAAUACCGGUUGACCUUACCCUUUGGAGAGCCGGCGCAGACUAUGUCGAGGAAACUCAAUCAGUAAAACGUGGCCAAGAGUCCAAGAGGUUUAAACCGACGCACCCUUUUCGCAUCAAGCCAACCGUGACCUGGAGUCUCUCCGACAGAGCCAAUACCGUACCCAUCAAGAACACGGGCCUACAAAUGCGGGAACUGCGCUCUCGUAAGAACUCCAGCCAAGCUCUGCCUCCCGGAUGGGUCAAGUCCGGCAAUCACUUCAAACACGACAGCGACGACUUCACACUGUUCAAGUAUCCUGUCCCCGUGGAAGACCCUCCCGACGACACAUACGAGUCCCAGCCUACGGAAUUAACUCAUCCUCUCCCGCUGCUGGCGUUCCGUACAACGACCGGCUUUUUCGAUGUAGACUACGCAAUAUCAAUGGUGCCCAAGGACUUGCCGAAUCCACCGGUGGCAGUGGGCAACAUCUGGAGUCGGUCAAACAAGUGGAUUGGCGAAUUGAGGUCUCAGGACCAGUGGCUGGGCAUACAGACGUCCAAUUACGACGGGGACGAGAAGCUGGAGUUUAUAGCCAUUUCGACGGCCAUGGAGCGCAAGGGAUCGUAUGUAUUUCCGAUGGAUAGGUUUUCUGAGAACAUGGAUGAUGAUGGUGUGGUGCAUUUUGUCAAUGUCUUAUGGAUUGAGAGAAUAUCAGGGGUGGCAUAUAGACGGGGCAUAGGACAUAUCUUGCAGAGGGCGUGGGAUGCGGAGGCAAAGGAUGAGGUGGAUAUAUAUCUUGGUUAG